AUGACCGAUCAGCUGGUAGACCAGCUGCGAAGCACACAAAUUAGCGAUGGUAUCCCUGUACAGACGGAUGAUUGGAAAAAGAACUUGAAGCUCCCUGCCAAGGAUAACAGACAACAAACAGAGGAUGUUACGAAAACGAAAGGACUGGAAUUCGAAAACUUUGCGUUAAAGCGCGACCUGCUCAUGGGCAUUUUCGAAGCUGGAUUCGAGAAGCCUUCACCUAUUCAAGAAGAAGCCAUCCCCGUUGCCCUGACCGGCCGGGACAUUCUGGCCAGAGCAAAGAACGGUACUGGCAAAACCGCCGCCUUCGUCAUUCCCGCCUUGGAGCGCAUCAACCCCAAGGUCUCCAAGAUUCAAUGUCUCAUACUCGUUCCCACCCGCGAGCUUGCCAUGCAAACGUCACAGGUUUGCAAGACUCUCGGCAAGCAUUUGGGCAUCAACGUCAUGGUCACCACCGGCGGUACCGGUCUGCGUGAUGAUAUCCUGCGUCUGCAGGAGCCUGUCCACAUAGUUGUUGGCACUCCUGGGCGUAUCCUCGAUUUGGCAGGAAAGAGUGUUGCCGAUCUGAGCGAAUGCCCCAUGUUCAUCAUGGACGAGGCCGACAAGCUUCUAUCCAUUGAAUUCACCCCCGUCAUCGAGCAGCUCCUGCAGUUUCACCCCAAGGACCGCCAGGUCAUGCUGUUUUCCGCCACUUUCCCCCUGUCCGUCAAGGACUUCUCUGAUAAGAACAUGGUCUCCCCUUACGAAAUCAACCUUAUGGACGAACUCACCCUUCGCGGUAUCACCCAGUACUAUGCCUUUGUGGAGGAGAAGCAGAAGGUCCACUGCCUGAACACUCUCUUCUCCAAGCUUCAGAUCAACCAGUCCAUCAUCUUCUGCAACUCGACCAACCGUGUCGAACUGCUCGCCAAAAAAAUCACCGAAUUGGGCUACUCCUGUUUCUAUAGUCAUGCUAGGAUGCAGCAGCAGGCCCGUAAUCGCGUCUUCCAUGAUUUCCGCAACGGCGUUUGCCGAAACCUUGUCUGCUCCGAUCUCCUCACCCGCGGUAUCGACAUCCAGGCUGUCAAUGUCGUCAUCAACUUCGAUUUUCCCAAGAACGCUGAAACGUACCUUCACCGAAUUGGUCGAUCCGGCCGUUAUGGUCAUCUUGGUUUGGCUAUUAACCUUAUCAACUGGGACGAUCGCUUCAAUCUAUACAACAUUGAGAGAGACUUGGGCACCGAAAUUCAGCCCAUCCCCCCCAGCAUUGACAAGAGCCUCUACGUUUACGAGAAUCCUGAGUCUAUUCCUCGGCCCAUUUCCAAUCUUCCUAGGAACGCGCAACAACAGCAACCAGGUUCUUCCCAACACCCCGUCGCUCACCAGCCGCAGAGCAACUGGCAGAACCAGAACGGCCAACACAAUAACCACUACGGUCGUGGGCGCGGACGAGGACGCGGAUACCGAGGGCGAGGCAGUGCCGCCGCCGGCGGUCGGGGUCGCGGCCCGCCUCGCGAAGUUCAAUCAUAA